ACCUGAUGUGUCAAUAAAACGCGAAGCCAUUCAAUCCUCCAUCACUCUGCAGCCGACAAACACCGCGUUUCGUCUUCAGCCUUCCAUCGCCGCUCCCUCGCAGACUGCAGGCGAGACGAGUCGACACUUUCACCCCCGGUCAAAUGGCCCCAAUCCAUCAUCAAAACUAACAUAAAGGGAAAUUCAUGAGCGAGUCUGCCUCACCAGACUCGUCUUCUCUGCACAGCUAAAAAGCAAGCCCCCCACCCAUCAUGACGUCCCCAUCGCCGUCGCCACGGACGACCACGCCCGCCAACGUCGUCGUUUUCGGCCCCGGCGCAAACUGCACCCUCGCCAUCUGCCCCGUCGAGCUCAGCACCUACAAGUAUCGACCCUCGCUGGGGGCCAACGCCGUCCUCCUGGCCCUGUUCUUCGUCGCAAUGAACAUCCAUGUCUAUCUUGGCUUGCGCUGGCGCACCUGGUGGUUCAUGGUCUUUAUGAUGGUCGGGUGCGGCGCCGAGAUUAUCGGAUACGUUGGACGCAUCCUCCUGUAUACGAAUCCGUUCUCGUACGCCGGGUUCCUCAUCCAGGUGAUAUUCAUCACCGGCGGGCCAGCAUUUUACUCGGCCGCUAUAUAUAUUCUGCUCUCUGUGACCAUCGAGCACCUUGCUUCCGACCUGUCGCGCAUCAAGCCCGUCUUCUUCUACUGGAUGUUCAUCGCGGCCGACCUCGUCUGCAUCGCCCUCCAGGCCUCGGGCGGCGCCCUCUCCACUGUCAGCCUCGGCGCCAGCCAGACGGGUGUCAAAGUGGCCCUCGCCGGCCUGGCCUUGCAGGUCGUCGUACUCUUCAUCUUUUGCCUCUCCUUCGCUGACUAUAUGAUUCGCUACUUUCUUAGUAGCGGCUCUGCCGGCAAGAGGCCCAUCACCGCCAGGAUGCGCGUAUUCUUCGGCUUUCUCUCCCUGGCCGUUCUUUGUAUCCUAGGGCGGUGCUCUUACAGGUGCUACGAGCUGAGCCAGGGGUACCGCGAUUCCGACGUCAUCACUAACGAGGGCCUAUUUAUUGGCCUAGAGGGAGUGUAUGUGUGAGUUCAAAGUCAACUCAUGGUAACUUGUUUCCUGAAAUCAAUAUAGGCUCAUUGUCGUCUCCGUGUUUGCGCUUAUCGUUGCGCACCCUGGCCGAGUCUUUGGCUGCCAAGAUCAGGUUGCCUUGGAAAGCACCGGCCGUUGCGCAGAGGAUAUGUCAGAAAAAUAGACUGGCAAUGUAGUCAAGGAUCGACCCCAUAACGACUCAAGUGCGUCUUCACUGUUAUAGUACUGUUUCAUCCAGAAAUGGCGAGACUCAUUGCCAACACCUGCAUUAUCUCGACUUACGCUCGUCACUAGCCGUCCAGCUUGCAAGUUUGACCCGUUUCGGUCCCGGUUCCGCAAGCAAUCGAGCAAGGCGUCGGUGCUGGCACUACGCUGUCCUCUUCAGACCAGGUCUCAACGUCGGGGCUGGAAGUCUUAGCUGAAGCCAAGCGCAACCUUGCUAUUAACUACAAGACUCGUAGCUUCCGCUGUGGAGCUUGUGGAGGUCUUAGGGGCUGCAAAGGUCACAGAGCUAUACAAGUUGCGGUCACAGAGGUUAUAUUAUCAACGUCUUAGGUUCGUGCCGGUAUAUCAGGUUCUAUUAUGUAGCGGGUUGUGUUUGUUUUUUACUAGUAUAUUAAUAGUAUAUAUUUAAUUCUUAAGACACUUUACAAUUCU